UGAAGUCAUGCUCAUCAGCCAAGAUGCAGCUGUCAGAGCUCCUUGUGUGGCUGAGUUUCAGCUUGCUCUUGGCCGCCUGGGCCGAGCCGGUGAAGGCGAAGAGGAAAGGCCCAGCGCAGCGGAAGAUUCCUGGGCGGAGCUUCACGAUGGGCGGCGACGAGCUUUCUGGAGCCCCAGGGACCAAGCAAGUGUCAUUGGAGGCGUACAGCAUAGAUGAGACACCUGUCACCAAUGCACAGUUCCGUGAGUUCGUGAAGGAAACCAAAUACAGGACUGAUGCUGAGAAGUAUGGCUGGAGCUUCGUUCUGAACAGCUCCCUGAGCAAGGAAGUGCUGGCAGAAUCGGAGCAGCACAUCCAGGAUGCACCUCAAUGGGUUGCUGUCUUGAAUGCCUGGUGGCGGCAUCCAGAAGGGCGGGACUCCUCCCUGAAGGAUAGGUGGAAAGACUACCCUGCUGUGCACAUGAGCUGGAAUGACGCGACAGCCUUCUGCAAGUGGGCGGGCAAGAGAUUGCCCACGGAGGCGGAGUGGGAGAACGCUGCCAGAGGAAAGAAGAAAGAGUCCCUGUAUCCAUGGGAAGGCAAGGACUUCCUUGGUCCUGACGGAAGGUGGAUGAUGAACAUUUGGCAGGGCCUCUUCCCUUUUGAAAACCUGGCGGAGGAUGGAUACCAUGGCAUCAGCCCUGUGAAGGCAUUUCCUGCCAACUCCUAUGGAGUGUUUUCCACUGUUGGCAAUGUCUGGGAAUGGACAUCGGAUCCAUUCCCUGGGAGGCCCGAUGAGGAGGAGAAGUGGAUCCUAAAGGGCGGUUCCUUUCUCGACAGCGCCACCGGAGAUUUUAACCACAAGGCGACAGUGGUGACUCGUAUGGGCAACACGGCAGACAGUGGAAGUUACAACACGGGCUUCCGCUGCGCCAGCGGCAAAGGUGGAGGUGGUAGAAAACGACCACCUGAUCAAAAGAUGCUGGAAAAGCUGGCUGAGGAGGGUGGCAUUGAAGCUGUUCAAGAGUACCUGAAGAGUACGGGCUCCAACGCACAGGUUUUUACGCCCUCCGAGCUGCAGAAGAAGAGAGACAAGUUGAAGGAGUCGAUGGAAGAGCUGUGAGUGGAAAACAGCCCCGGGCAGCGGGAGUGAUCAGAUGGGUAGUUUUGGGAAACGCCCUCCACACCUUUCAACUUGGCCAAAUUGUGGUGCCAAUCCGUGUGACCGAUCUGGCCUUUUGGGCUCCCAGCUUGGCAGAUGGCAG